AUGAAACACUUCACCACAAGCGCCCUUGACGGGCUAUGCUCGGAAGACCAGCUGGAUCUCCUAAAUUCUAUCGACACUCUCCGUUCACAGGGAAUUAGCCACUACAUUUCGCUCCCGCAGAUUAUUGUCUGCGGCGAUCAGUCGUCCGGCAAAAGCUCGGUGCUUGAGGCCAUAUCUGGCGUCGCCUUUCCGGUCAAAAGCAAUCUCUGCACUCGGUUCCCUAUUGAACUUGUGUUGCGCAAGUCUCCAGAGGUUCGUGUGAGCGUGUCGAUCGUUCCUCACCGGUCUCGCAGCGAAUCUGAACAGCGUUCACUCGAAAGCUUUCGAGAAGACGUCGAUAGCUUUGAAGCGCUGCCGGAGUUGAUUGAAAAUGUCAAGGCGGCCCUGGGUAUCUCAACGCACGGAAAGGCCUUCUCAAAGGACAUUCUUCGAAUAGAGAUUUCGGGGCCUGACCGUCCUCACCUCACUAUCGUUGACCUGCCGGGUCUCAUCCACUCGGAGACAAAGCAGCAGUCGGCAUCCGAUGUUGACUUGGUUCAGGAUGUCGUCCAAGCCUAUAUGAGGGAGCCUCGAAGCAUCAUUCUCGCUGUAAUAUCUGCUAAGAAUGAUAUCGCCAACCAGAUCGUGCUGAAGCUCGCUCGCGGAGCCGACAGGUCCGGCCGUCGAACGCUUGGAGUCAUUACGAAGCCUGAUACCUUGAUCCCUGGGUCGCCGACUGAAUCGAUCUUCGUUUCUCUCGCGAAGAACCAGGAAGUCGGCUUUCGGCUCGGGUGGCAUGUUCUGAAAAAUAUGGACUCCGAGAAGGGGAUCUCAACUUUGGCUAAUCGCGAUGCCGAAGAAGAGCACUUCUUCUCGCAGGGGAUUUGGAAAGACAUCACCCCGUCGAUAUUGGGAAUUGAUAGACUGCGAGGGAGGCUUAGCAAAGUCCUUCUUGCACAGAUUGCCACUGAACUGCCUAGCCUUGUUGAUGAAAUCAAGGUCCAGAUCGAGGCCUGCUGUGGAAAAUUGGAGAAGCUGGGUGAGCCACGGGCGACCAUGCACGAGCAACGGCUCUAUUUAUGCCAUAUCAGCCAGUCUUUUCAGUCACUUGCCAAAGCUGCUGUUGAUGGAACGUACAACGAGCCCUUUUUUGAAGGAAUUGAUCGGAGUGUGGGUUAUCCCAAGCGUAUGCGCGCCAUCGCACAGAACCUCAAUCAAGACUUUGCCGACAAAAUCAGUCGAUAUGGCCACUACCGCAAUAUUUCAGAGAAUGAAGCCUACUACCAGAUGAACCCGCACCAGAUUAAUACCACGCGUGGAGAAUUUCUUAACUACAUAGAGUCCCUUUUGAAGAUGUCCAGGGGCAGAGAGCUAUCUGGAACCUUUAACUCUAUGGUUGUGAAGGAUUUAUUCUUCGAGCAAUCUGCUCCAUGGGAGAAAAUUGCUCGGAGCCAUGUAAAUGAGGUUUGGACGGCAGCGAAGGAGUUUCUACGCCUCGCGAUUGCCCAUGUUGCUGAUGCUGCAACAGCCAAAGCCCUGUUCCAAACCGUGUUUGAGCCUGCUUUGGAGAAGCUCCUAAAUGGACUACAGAGCAAAACUAGUGAGCUCCUGAUACCACACAGAGAGGGGCAUCCAAUUACCUACAAUCACUACUUCAUUGAGACUUAUCAACAAAUUCAAAAUGAGCGCCGGAAAGAAGAAUAUUCCACGAUUAUAAGGCAGUUCUUCAAGGCUCCGGACCUUCACACAUUGGUUAACCUAGGUCAUCGAAAUGACCUCCACCGUUUAGUAGAGUCUCUUGUUGGGCGUACCGAGCGGGACAUGGGCCGUUAUGCUUCUAUCGAAGCUUUGGACUGUAUGAUGGCAUAUUAUAAGGUUGCAUUAAAGCGAUUCAUUGAUGACAUGGCAAUCGAGGCCAUUGAGGGGAAGCUUAUCUCACUCUUGAGCAAUAUAUUUACUCCGGUUGCGGUGUUUGAGAUGUCUGAUACUGUCGUUACGCAAAUCGCGGGCGAGUCUGAAGAGAAUAAAACCGAACGGAACCAAUUGAAUAAACAACUGGAUAUUCUCACGAGAGGAUCUGCUACCUGCAAGCGGUUCAUUGGAGAUGACAAUUUCGAAAGCAAAAGUGGACAUCAAGAAAACUUCCAGUCUGAUGCGGUGACCGAAAGCAAGACUCAAGAUCCAGUAGAUUCUCCAUUAGAAGUCGACGAGGCACCAAUUGAAUCGUCUGUAGAAUGUGUCAGUAUACCAGGCGGAGAAAAUGCAUUUGACGAAAUUCCAGCCCCCGAGCCUGUGGCCGAAUUGGCGUUAGAAUAUCCCACGCCGGAGGUUCCUGUACCGCCCGACGUUAAUAGCCUGCCUACCUCCAAGAAAGACAAGAAGAAGAAAAAGGGAGUCUCAAGAGUGGAACAGGUUUUGUAA